AGAAAAAAACAAAUAAAAAGAAAAGGGAAAAAAUACUUCUUUUUGCCUCAGGGUCACGUUCUUUGGGAGACAGCAAUGCCAGCAAACCUUGGCUAUAUGUCUGCAAUGUUGUACAACCAAAACAACUGCGCGUCGGAGGUCUCCACUGUCACCAGUAAAUACGAAAUGGAAGUGGGCAAAGACCUGUGUGUCAUGCUGGGGUAUGACAGGGACAGAUGUAUGGGACAUCUCACCGCUGGGGGGUCUGUAGCCAACAUUGAAGCAAUUUGGGCGGGAAGAAAUGUGAAGUACUUUCCAUUGGGACUGCAAGAGGCUUUGUUAAAAGACGAAAGACUUUCUGGUGCCAAAGGAUAUAAGGUAAAUUCCUUUGCUUCAUUUCUGCUCUACUUUAUCAGAUUUAUUGCAGCACGUUGUACUGGAUGGUAGGGAUAAUAUGAAAGGCUGGCUUUGGUGAAUUCAAAAUUGCACUUUUAAAUAUGAAAUUGAAACAUAAUUACAUUAGGCGAAUUGUACUUUGCGGACCGCUUUUCGGCUACUGUUCUGUUAUAAAACUUAGAAUUUUCCCUAAAACAGCACGCUCUAGCGGAUAACGUGGAGGUCACGUGACAUCUGACGAUAACACUGCUUCUCGCCAAGAGUGUCUUUGCGGUUGCUUCACUUCCCGAGUAUGUUGACCGCUAGCGUGAAUUUAUUCGCAUAAAAGUUUACCUUUUUUGAGCUAUAUUGCAUAUUACCAUUUUUUUUCUUUAGAAUUUUGUUCCCCUUGAUCAAAUCUCAAUAUGUUUUCGCAGACCGAGAUUCUGAGCCAUUCUUGGGAAACAAAAUUUACUUGUUCCAUUUCUAAAUUGUAUCCGAUUAGGUUUUAUUCCCUCAGAGAGGAAAGGAAGAACAAUUAAUCAGUGCUUCCCAGUGGGAACUCCUUAACCUUGAUGUCGACACUAUCUUAAAAAUGCCCUCUGAUGUUCAGGCUUUGACCGGCCUCGCACAUCAUGAAUUCAUGGAAAUAAUGUCCAAGUACCUUUACGAGUCCAUUGGAACGCAGGAGUUUGUAAGGCGACAUAUGCUAACACAAAGUCCAUGCAUUGUUGUUCCAAGCACAUUACAUAUUUCGUUAACGAAAGCAGCCACCAUCCUUGGACUUGGUCGAGAGAGCCUUGUUUGUGUAGCAGUUGACGAAAACUCGCGGAUGGAUCCUACUGGUAAUGUUUUAUUGUGUUAUCUUCGGGUAGCCACAAACAACUCUCUUUUUAUCCACACAGUUUUUUCUAUCUACAUUGUAUUGAUGUACUUCAAUCGUUGCAGCACCCUCGUACCAAGCGUCUUCAUUCCCUUGAUCAGCGGUCUGGAAAAGCGCUAGUUUUGUCAAGUUCGCAUGCGCAGAACGGGACGAAGACUCGAGGUACGAGAUUUCCUUGCAGUGGAAGACAGUAGCCUUUGUUUUGGCUUACAAAAAUAAUAAUAGUACAACAUUAAAUGUAACUGUUAUCUAUGUGGUGUAAGAGUUAUUACUCUCCAACGACUUUAUAUCAAUAAAUUGGCAGGUGUUAAAGUACAAUAAAUCAGAACUGACCAGUGUUGUGUCUUCCACUUGCAGUGCUUUAAUCUGUGUUUGGUUUUAUUCUAAUGUCACUUACUGUCGAAUUAAUCAGGCACAAAGAACAGCAACUACAACUGCAUGCGUACAAAAUGUAUGUCGGUAUGUUUUGCUUUCACGUGUGUGAACAGAAUUAAGCUUAAUUUCAGUCUGAUAUUAUUUUUGUUGUUUAUAUAUUGAGACUAGAAAAGGUGUUUUAAACUGAAGGUUAAUUUUUGUAUCAACGUUUAGAAUUGAACCGGACUCUAAAAGAAAAAUUGGAUAAGGAAAUUCCAGUCAUUAACGUGGUAGCUGUUACAGGAACUACAGAACAAAGCGCUGUGGAUCCAGUGACUGCAAUUGUCGAUUAGAACUAAGGUAGUUAUUAGGCCAAUAAAAACCAAUUCACCAUCACUAUCACCAUUACCAUCACCAUCACCAUCAUCAUCAUCAUCAUCAUCGCUGUUAUCUUUAUUGUAAACACUAUCGGUGAAUAAUUGUCGGCGAAGUCACACUUUUAUCGCUUUUUCGUUUUUCUAUACAUAGACCCAACACACCUUGUUUCCCUUACUUAAACUAGCAAUGCAAUUUAUAAUCUACUAAACGCUCCACUUGUAUGUUUUUGACAACUAGGGUCUUAACUUCAGCAUUCACGCGGAUGCAGCCUGGGGAGGAUAUUUCUGUGGUAUGCUGCGAACGCUGCCGGAGAGCAGUCCUAUGCCGACAGCCAAAGAAACAGGAUUUGUUCCGGAAAUGUACCUGAGUUCCUACGUCCACGAACAGUUAUCAGCUCUCCACCAUUGUGAUACAAUCACUGUUGAUCCCCACAAAUCUGGCUUCUGUCCUUAUCCAGGCGGUGCAAUCUGUUACAGAGACAGAAGGAUUAACUCAUUUCUGUCAAUCACCACUAAAGUUCUCUACUACCAUGGAAAAAUGAUUCUCGGUGACGUCGGUAUCGAGGGAUCCAAACCUGGGGCAGCUGCUGUAGGGGUCAUGAUGGCAAACAGGGUAAUCAUUCAUGACUGUUUUUCCGUACAAACAUCACGAUUGAUUUAUCUCAAUACAUCACGCUGUUUGGUGGAAUAUUCCAAGCAAAUCUCUCUUUUUUUCCCUGAGUUUGGGCUCUUUUUAAUGUUGUAGAUCUAAUUGCUGUCAUAACGAAAGAGAAGAGAUCCUAUCCUGGAAAUGAAUCUCUCCUGAAAACAGCUGGGGAGAGUUGUCCCAGAAUUUUUUUUUCGAAGAUUACCUUAUUAUAGGAAAUUAACGCUGCAUGAAAUUAAGGUAUUGGAAGUUAACGCGACUUAAAUUAACGCGAAUUUAAUGGAAAAUGACUUUCGAAUAAAGAAAAUUCACGCGAAAGAGGAGGUAGAAUUUCAUAAAAAGGAAAUUAACGCGAUUAUCUUGGCCGAAAUCAAAGGAGAAGAUAUUGACAUCACUUCUGACAGCGACAACGAUGAAGAUGAACUCGAAAUAUUGUAAACCUUCGCCUUAGCUUUUGUGAAAGAUGAAAAAUAAAAGGUAAAUGGAAAGAAAGAAAGCCUGUAGUUAAUGUUUUUUAGGUGUCAAGAAUGUCUGGACAGGUUCCAAAAUUGGGGUUAAAAUACUGGUAAUUAAGAGCGCGGAAAUUAACGCUGCACUUAAUUAACGCCGCGGAAAUUAACGCUCAACAAAAUUAACGUGAAUUUUAACAAUUCGCGUUAAUUUCACGGAGCGUUAAUUUCCUAUAAUAAGGUAGAUCAGUUUUAGCCUGCGUCGCAGACGUCAUUUAACCUCGGUUAGUAACGUCUGCGAAGCAGCACCCGGUGAUCAUUGUUCUGGUUCCCCAACGGACUCAACGAAUUACUGGAAGUGCGCUUCGAAUUUCCUUUUAUCGACAGUUGGCAAAAUCGAUAAUGGCUUUAUAUACACGGUAAUUAUGGUGCGUACUUAAUUCCUGGUACACAGGUGGGGGCGCAGAACAAGGAUUUCGCCGCUCUUUUGCUGUCGAAGGGCUUAAUUAGAGUUUUGUUUCGUCUGUGGCACAGGCUGGAUCACCUAGUCAGAUCGGUUCUGGUAAACAAGUAGUCCAGGUUUGGUCAGUGGAGAGAUGGGGUGGAAGAUUGGGAAGCCUUUUCUAUUAAUAAUGCAAAUGGGGAAAUGUGGAAGCGGGAUCAGGGUAAUUGACACGCACGGGAAAGGUUAAGACAUUCUUUCAACUCUCCAAGGCCUCAGGGAACGUAUAUUCAUACAGAGCAAAAACAUCAAACAAACUGAAAAUCCAUCGUAAGUCCAUUUCUACAAGAGUACUUGCUGUUUGGCGCCCUCAAGUCCUUAUAGUUGCAGAUAUAGACUGAAAAAGAAACUAACAAGCAAAAGGAAACAAAAACAAAGGCUUUUAAUAAUAGUUCUCCUUAUAAUUUCGUGUUCUUGACUUCGCAGGUGAUCGGUCUUCAUAAGAACGGUUACGGUCGUAUCCUAGCUGAGUGCAUGUUUACCUCAAAGAUCCUAUACUGUCAGUGGGCAACACUGGCCAAAGAAGACGACAUUUUUGUUAUCAAAACAACGAAGCCUUUACCCAAUUUAAAUAACUGGUCAGACGAAGAGCAUAUCAUAUUUAUAAGGGAACGAAUCCUUGGCAAAAGCAACGAAGAACUUGCAAGGGUAAAUAUUUCAGCUUGUUAGACUGAAAGCUAAUUUUCAUUGAGUCCGCCGCAAUGCACCCAAGUAUUAGCGAUUCUUUUGCAUUUUACUGGGAUCCGAUUUUCUGCCGAGAAAAUCUACGAAAAAAUGUCUAAAACUGUUGAUGGAGUCCUACUACUAAUGCCAUGUCAAAAUGCCUCGUAAAUUUCUUAUUCUUUAUUUUUACAUGUAAAAAAAAAUUCGUGACUAUGGAAAAAAAGGUCAUAAAUAUUAACGCUGUUUCAAAUUUAACUGUCUUUAAUUGUAAUUCAAGUUACUAGACUAAGAGUUAGGUGACUUUUAGCCGCCAAUCGAAUUUAAGAAUUUUAUGACCGAACGAUGUGUGGCUAAGAAUAAUAUGAUUGGUUGAUAAUCAAAAAAUAUGAUCGAUAUUUUUGUUUUAUCAAAGCUGAUGUCUCGAGCGUUGCAGCCUUUUUUUAGAAGCAAGCACUUUAAAAGUCUCUUUUUAAAUUUCUUUUUCGGUGGCAAUAAUUCAUAAAACUAUAUUUUUGUGAUUCAAUUCACUAACCACACAGCAACGUAUACGUGGUAAGCAUUUAGCUUCUCCUGUCUUUUAGGAUGAUGAGGCUAUGCUUUACCUAAAAGAAGUGGGUCCUGACACCUUGAUACCGUGUUUCUCUGUAAACCUGAAAGGAAACCAAAGUGUGGAAGUGUGCAAUGCAAUCAACACAGCGAUAUUCGAAAGCCUCAGUCAUACGUCAGGGGAACAUACUUCAUUUCGUAUUCCAAUGCUUGUUACCUCGUCAAGUCUGGUAUCCCACGUCCACAGUGUUGCAGCUACAAAUUUCAAGAGAAGAUUAGGGGUAAGAUUUCUUUAAAUAAACGACCAGUUAAAAUGUGUUAAACGUUAAACCGUAGGUUAUCGAUUGGAAGUAUUCAUGUAUAAGAAUACAGUUGUUGCGAUGUAACUAAAAUUUAUUAGAUUUAUCUAUAUCGCUGACUUGAAGUUUCAGUUACUUAGCAACCAAUUUUUCCCUUUUAAGUAACUUUUCAACUGAUUUAUAUAUAUCCCAAUCAGAUAGGCUUAUAUAUUACCGUCAAUUAAGCAAUCUCAUUGUCUUUUUCUUUUUCAAAAAGGUGCCCUGGGCAAACUCUACGCAAUCAUCCUAGAACUGGAAUAAUUUGCCUUUCCCUUUUCUCAUUUUCGUUUCUGUAUAAAGCAACAGGAGAUAGGUUCCCGAAAACAAGGAAUUGUAAAUAGUCUCGUUUUCCUUCUUUCCUCUGUUUCUUCCUUCUUUUUUCUUUUUUUUUUUCUUUUUUUGUAUCCUUUAUAAUAUAACCCGCUAAUAUUAACCCUUCUGUAGUCAUGCUAAGCUAUGUGAGUUAAAUAAAAGAAGGUCACGUUAUAUGUCAUGAGAUUAUCGAUUGUAAACAAUGAAUGAAUUAGUGUUUAAUUUAGUAAUGAAAAGUGAACAGUUGAUGCUAGUCUAAGCAUUUCCAAAUUCCACUUCGACCAGGAAUAGCGUAGACGUAGAACCACUUUGUGGAUGUGCUACCUCCAAAUCAUUAUUAUUAUUAUUAUUAUUAUUAUUAUUAUUAUUAUUAUUAUUAUUAUUAUUAUUAUUAUUAUUAUUAUUAUUAUUAUUAUUAUUAUUAUUAUUACUAGAAGUUCUCAUUGAGAAGGGAAGUGCUGCCGUGAGUUGCGAUGCAAAUAGGACAAAGACAGUAUGUAGAACAGUUAAACAUAUCAAUUUUUUUUCUUAAAGUCAAUAACAUAGAAUUAUGAUGCACUGAGUAAAAUACAAAAAAUGAACCGAUCACAAUGACAAAUAUGCUUACAUUCAGAUACUGACUCGCCAGAGUUUCAACAUGAUUUUGUAAUUCAUUUUAACAACAGCAGUGCUGAUAGACUGUUUCCUCAUCGAACAAUCAUCGUGUACAUGACGAGAAGAGUUGCGAACAAAUAACGUAAAGACUAAAGGCCAAAACUUGUUUAUUCACAGGUCAGGUAGACGUACAGUACACGCCGAUCACAACUUACAAUCCUGAUUUCCGAGAUAACAAUCUGUGCGACAAAAAAUACUCGCUAUAACUAAUCUUGAAACCUAGCUUUAAAAAAAAAAAACGAAAAAAUGUCCCGUACAAUAGUUCUUGAACUGUUCUUACCGUUUAGGCUGUUUAAAAAGACAGCAAACAUCCGAUGUACUACAACUUCUGCACAGAUCUUAAACUCACAUGAGAACAAAACAAAAUGGCGGGUUGCUCAGAAGAGAAAAACAGGCGCGGCAGCUAAGCACUUGCUUAUUGGUCACCUUGCUGAUUGAACCAUGGAAUCAUUGAACCAUCGAACCAUCGAACCGUCGAACCAAAAAAUCUCAAAUCGCUCAAGGAUAUGGGUGCUGCCGGCUGAUGCCCGGCAGCAAUUAUUAUUAUUAUUAUUAUUAUUAUUAUUAUUAUUAUUAUUAUUAUUAUUAUUAUUAUUAUUAUUAUUAUUAUUAUUCGAAACUAUUAUAUAUUCACCAUCAUGUGCUACUACUAUGCGCUUAAUAUGUGGUAUCAUUUAAAUGGCUGGAUGUCCUUUUAAUUGCUCACCCGCUUGCCACCAUCUAUUUAAUUUCCUUUUUGCUACUCUUUGAUUUAGCUCAACUCAAACAGCGAUGCGGCAGUCAAAUACAUCAAAACAACUUGUAUGGAUCCCUGGGCCACAUCAAUAGAGUUCAUGAACCACAUGGCUUCAAUUAUGAGGAACAGUAUUUUGUGCGCCAUUGGAAGGGUAAGAGUCCAACUGCAUGAACCAUGACGAUUACUUAUAACGGUUAAGGCUCUUGCUAAAGGGGAAAUGUCAGCACGAUAUUGUUUUUUAUGAUCCAAAAAUGCUCCUGUAGAAACGUGAAGAAGAUAUCACACAAAUUUCAUAAGGGAGAUGCCGACUAACCAUAAUAGCUUUGUGGGUGGUUUCUGCAGGCAUAGCAUUAAAACUUGAAAAAGCAAGGCCAACUUUUUUAAGUUUCAAUCCAUCUCCAUUCUUGCCCUCCGUGGCAGCAAACGACAGGAAAUAGUUUCAAUGCCUAAAGAGAAUGAGUAUAAUAGGGAAAAAUAAAAAAUAAUAGGGAAUAGCGUGUCAUAGAUCCCUUUAAGCCAUUCUACCAUUCAUCACAACAAUUCGGAAAGGUUUCGUCAUUUUCAGAGGCUACCAUUUUUAACAUCGCCUUUAAUCAGUCCGGAAUAUCCCUAAAUUUAAGGACAGGGCCAACUGGUCACGCGCCACUUUUUAACCAAUGAGAUGGCGCGCUUGUGUUUAUCAACAAACAAAUCAAAACAUCGCCCCAGUCAUCAAAAAGUUUCAAAACAACGGACGGAGUCGGACAGAAUUAAAGAUGAGCUUACAGUACUCGUCUAGGUUUCACAUUUAAUAUUUCAAAGAAAACAUGUCAUGUAAGAGAAUAAGAGCAUUAAACAUUGGAAGGAAUCAUUGGGGUGUUCGAACUGAUUCCGGACCGAUCGCAGAGGUCGUGGCUUCACUGGCAUCGCUUGCAAGAUUUUUGAUAGAAGCAAACUCGUCCCGUGUAAAAAUAGACUUUUGAAAGAGUGUGAAAUUUGUUGAGAUCGUACAAAACAGCAUUGGUACUACCUAUUAACUUCCACAGGACAAGAAUCAAAGAACCAGUCAUCAUAGCAAGAAUAGAAAGUAGUUCAAAUUUAUUAAUUUUCCUUGUUUGUUUUUUUGUGUAGUUGUUUCGUGUUGACUUCACGCAUCUGGUGCUUUCUUUGCUUGCUGUAGUACCUGCAAUGUUUUAAUUUUAUCCCAGAUAAUCAGUGCAUGUUCAAUGAGUAGCGAAAUACAGCAUUUACAAUUGAGAUUUGCCUUGUUUCUUUGAUUGUUUUUUAACGGCGGAUGAACAUUUGGAGAAUCCAACAACAUUAAAUCUUUCCAGAUUAGUGAAUUUCAGAAACAAAGCGGUUAGUAUCUACCUCGCGCUUAUGAUGUUCAAUUUCAUCCCCGCAAAUUCGGCAAAGUGAGGCGAGAUGUUGGACGUGAAUAUCCAUAAGACUAAUAAAGUUGUUUUGGCCUUGAAAAGAAAAAAGGCAAGGGCUCGUACUAAUGCGAAAAAAAGUAAUAAGACGGCUUUUGUGAGAAACCCGGGAGUGGAAAACGUACAUGUUUUGGACCUCGGAAUUCAAAAAUUGUCUACUAGAAAUCUAGGUUGUCUACCAUCCCCACAUUCAACAUGAUAAAAGUUAAUCGAUAUGACAAUCAAGGAAAAAUAUCUAGAAAUUCGUAAAACAUCUGUGAAUCGAAAAAAUAAUAGAUACUUGUUCACCUACCUUGAAAGCCGACCAAAAUCUCUCCUAUACAUCGCGUUGUUUAAAAGAUAAAAGAAGAAUAAGCCACAAAAUGUGCUGAAUAUUUCACGAGACAUUUCCAAUAUGGCUUCCGAUACGCUGUCCACUUAAAAAAAUUUUGUAUGCCUCAUGAAAAGUCUUAAAAAUAUGCCUGAGCGUUGUUUUGAAAAUUUUUGAUCACUGGGGCAAUGUUUUGAUUUGUUUGUUGAUAAACACAAGCGCGCCUUCUCAUUGGUUGAAAAGUGUCGCGUGACCAGUUGGCCCUGUCCUUAAAUUUAGGGAUAUUCCGGACUGUUAAUUCCUGAUCAGUUGAAUAUCGCUUUAUUCACGAGAAUAGUAAGCAUGUAGAGGUGAUUAUACACAAGCAAAGCUGCCUAACUUGUCUAAUAUGUACAUAUAAAUUAUGUAUAAUAUGCAUGGUGAUUUAAAACAGUUCAGCAGUUUAUAAAACUGCAGUAUAGUCCUCAUAAACUGGAGAAUGAAAAAAUAUUUUGAGAUGCACGCGUCUUCUAUUAGCUUUAAGAUAUAGUGACAAGUUAAGUAGGCAGCUUGACUGCUGCAACUAUGUGAUUUCUAUGUUCAACUUUGAUUUCUAUUUUAGGUUACUGAUCCUACUGCACUCCACAACUUUGUUAGCACAGGAGUUGUCAAUGAACAGAACGAAGUGAUCGCCUGUUAUGUAGGAGUUUUUAACGGAGUUUCGAAGCAGUACGAAGCAAUUGUCAAGUUAAAAUUCGUUUGUAACAAAGACGCCGAUAAGUACAUCGCCACCCAAAAGAAGCUGUCAAAGUGGAAUGAUGUUCUUCAACCGAUUGUCUUCCGAAGUAGACAGCAAAGACUUCAUGAUGUCUUCUUCAAGGAUACAGGGUACUCUGGUGAAUUGGAAGAGUUUGACUGUUUCAUUGGCUUGCCUUCUGACAACAGCAACCAUCCAUUUAAGUGCCCAAACAUGAAAAUCACCGACGUUCCUCGUUACGAGCAUUUUGACAACCACAAAUUCCCUGAGCACAGUUCCUACUUUAUGUACGGUGACAGGAAAAACGUCUUUUUGUUUCACAUCCCUACGAAGAGCCCCGAGUUUUUUCAGGUAAUGGUGCCCGACCAAGGAACUCACACCAACUCAUUAUCAUUCAGUCAUUUUCAUUAUUAUUAUCAUUAUCCUCUUCAUCAUCAUCACAUGAUUAUCAUCAUCAUCAUCAUCAUCAUCAUCAUCAUCAUCAUCAUCAUCAUCAUCAUCAUUAUAAGAUUCCGUGAAUAAAAGAUCGGACAUGCAGACAAUAAAAAUUCCUUGUUUCCCCCUUUUAUUUCGUGUGCUACAGGUAGUGCAGCUUGAUGGUUUUUCAGACAGUGUAGGAAUUGAAGGCGAGGAUGAACUUUUACUCAAGCAUGGGAUUGAAGUCGAAAUUCCCAACAUUCCUGGUGAGCCUGUGAUUCUUAACGGAGAAAUUCAGGAACCCUUGGACAAAAAUGAAUUCAACAUAUCAUUCGUCGGAAUUAACGGUAAAGAAGUCAAGACCAAGGUGAAAUUAGGAAAAAAGAUUUGGUUUGCGUCAUCCACAAGAACAUUU